AUGAAAAGACUUCAUAGUAGGCUGAAGGCAGGUACUGAAUGGGUCACUCCAUUGCCUCCACUUGUUGUUAAAAAGUUGAACAAAAGUAUUGAGACAGCUCAAAAUGUCUCUAUUUCAUAUGUUGGACUGCAAGAGUUCGAGGUGAUUCAUAUGAAUGGUAUUCCAAGCAGAACAUACAUCUUGAAUUUGGACAAAAGAAUCUGUGAUUGUGGGAUGUGGCAGCUAUCUGGGAUUCCUUGCCAACAUGCAAUCUACUCAAUAUUGCACAUGAACUUCCCUACCAUUGAUAAGUUUGUAAAUGACAGGUUACAAAUUUCAUCAUAUAUGAGAACAUAUGCUGAAAUCAUUCAUCCUAUUUCAGACAAGAGAACCUGGCCAGAGGAAUGUGAAGAUAAGCUGUAG